GAGCACUCACCUCACCUGAAUGGUGCUCGGCCGACUGCCUCUCAGUCCUCGUGUAACAGUGGGUGAGGUUGUACGUAGAACUUCACCAGCAAUUACAUGAACCGUAUUACAUAUUUACAAGAACAGUUAAAUAAUCCAUUAAAGCCACACUGCACCGGAAAGAUUGCCCUUGGCCGGAGGAGAACAAUGAGCUGAAACUGUACAUGUCAUUUUAAGGCCUCCCCGUAAAAUAAUGCACCGCUGGAGUAGCCGCUUUCCCCGAGUCCCAGAAUUAGCCCAGUCUUGUCGUCGCUAGCGUUGGCCUGCGGCAGGGCGGGAAGGAGUGUCAUAGUGUGUAGACGUGUGCGGUGUGCUUGCGAUGUGUAAAAUGAGCGAGAAGGAGGGGGAGGAAAGGGCCCCGUUGAUCGAGGAGACGGCCCACCUCCUCAAUCCCUUCGUCCAUCGCCUGGAGCUGAACACUGCUUAUGAUAAGUUCAAGCUGGUGUUCAUGUCGGUGGUGGUGCUGCCGGUGCGGGUAGUGGGCAUCGUGGUGUGUCUGCUGGUGGCCUACGUGCUGGCUUCCACUGGGCUCUGGGGGCUCUCCCGUGAGGACCUUUCUGCUCGGCCCUUAAGUGGAUGGCGGCGGAAGAUCCGAUGGUAUAUGGGCCUUGUGGGUCGAAUGAUGAUGAGAUGCUAUGGAUUCCAUUGGAUGAAAAUGAAAGGGCGCAGGGCAACCAAGGCUGAAGCUCCCAUACUUAUUGUUGGGCCUCAUAGCAGUUUCUUUGAUGCCGUUGCAGUUUUCUGGUCCAAUGUUCCCUGUCUGGUGAACCGCAUAGAAAACCUGCAGCUUCCCCUCUUUGGCAAAUACAUAGACUACACUCAGCCUGUUUAUGUGUGGCGUGAAGAUCCCAACUCUCGUCAAAACACAAUUCAGGAAAUUAAGGAGCGGGCAAGCAGUGAAGAAGAAUGGCCACAGAUCAUGGUGUUCCCUGAGGGCACCUGCACGAAUCGUUCAUGUCUCAUCACCUUCAAGCCGGGUGCCUUUUACCCUGGUGUGCCUGUCCAGCCUGUCCUCAUUCGCUACAACAAUCGCACAGACUCUUUCACUUGGACCUGGGAUGGUCCUGGAGCAUUGAAAAUGCUGUGGGUGACUCUCUGCCAGUUUCACAAUUAUUGUGAACUGGAAUACCUUCCAGUGUAUACUCCAAAUGAAGAAGAAAAGCAAGAUGCCAAAUUGUUUGCUAAUAAUGUUCGGCAAGUUAUGGCUGAUGCAUUGGGUGUGCCAGUCGCAGACUACACCUACGAUGACUGCCGCUUAAUGCACAAGGCCAAGCUCAAGAAUUUGCCAUGUGAGACAGGCCUUAUUGAGUUCUUGAAUCUUCGUCAGCGUUUUGGUUUGAAUCUUAAGAAUGUGGAAGAGGAGCUUCUAAAUCAUUAUGCAGAUAUUGCUUCCAGUGAUGGACAGAUAAAUUUCUCAGGUUUUGCUAAAUACCUGGGAAUGCCUGAAUCUGAGCCAGCACUUAUAGAUCUUUUCAAGUUGUAUGAUAAGGACAACACUGGAACUAUAGAUUUUAGAAAAUAUUUGAUGGGGUAUUAUCAAUACUGUAAGCCUGCCAACACAGAAGAAACCCUCAAGUGGGGCUUUAAGUUGCUGGAUCAGGAAGGGAAGGGGCAAGUCUUCCUCGAGGAUGCUAUAGAGGCUCUCCAAACCUCCUUGGACAUGACUCCAGAAGAAGUAACUUGCAUAUUUAAGCAAGCAGACCAAAAUGAUAAAGGCUACAUUACAUAUGAGGAUUUUGAGGCUUAUGCCAAGAGGAAACCAGAGUAUGCCAAGAUCUUCCUUUUGUUCCAAGAAAGCCUGAAGCAGGGCACGCGGCCAAGGACAGGGCAUUUACCACCUCCUGGGAAAAAGAAAGCUGAUUAACAAUUUGUUUCCUUUUCAUCCAGUUUACUUAUUUUAAUGUUAUUUAUAAAGGGACGUUUUUUUAAGUUUGUAUGUUGUCUACUAACAAGUGUAUAUUAUUUGAUGUCAUGUUGGUUCAUUAUCCUCUUGUAAUAACACUACCUAAUCUGAAUAAGCAUUUUUCUUUUACUUUAUAAUUUGAGUAACUUAUCAGUACUGUAAAUUGCAUUAGAGUACAGACACUCCCCGACUUAUGAAGGAGCUGUAUUCCAAACGACUAUUUGUGAGUUGUUGUUGUCUUAAAUCGUAGAUUACUGAAGCAUUUUGAGUGUACAGUACUUCAGUUUUGCAUUAAGUUUCUUCUUUAGCUACGAUGCUAAACAUGAAGAUUGCAAAACUUAGGAUAUAUAAAACACUGAAAAACAAUGAUUUAUGCUAGCCACAUAGGCUAGUGUUGUGCGAGUGUGUAUUUUGUCCUCACAUUCAGUGAGAUGCUGCAGUGUAUCUAUCACAGUGUGUGUUUUGCCCUCAUGCAGUAGAGCAGCCACCACAUGAGUGUGUGUUUUGUGAUCACAUUUGGUGUGAUGCAGUGGUGCAGUGCCAUCACAUUUAAAACUGUAAAAGGAUGUGUUUUGUCGCCUCAUUUUCCAAGACCCGGCUGUGUAGCAGAAACUGAGAACAACAGAACACCUCUUGAUCUUAAUGUUACAGAUGACUUGUUUGUAUCUCCUUAUGUUUGUAACUCAGAUGUUUGUGAAUCAGGGAGCAUCUGUAUAUGUACCUCUACCAAACUACUAAAAAUCCUACGAAUUCAGCUAAUUCAAAUUAUUAAUUUGUAAUUCAGAAAUAAUGAUAUCGGACACAAUGUAUAAACAAAGAGCUUGCCCUGAACAUAAAAAGAAGAAAAAAAAUUGAGCAGAGAUGAAUAGAAGUUUUUCAAAAGAUUGUAAAAAAUUGAAUUGUAAGAACAAACUUCUGGCAGUAAUACUUUGGGAGUCAGAGUUCAAAUUCCAUUAUUGGCACAUGGCACUAGGUGAGGACAUUAUUUACAUUUAAUUUAUAGGUUUAUUUUGUCUUUGUUGAUUCUGUCCAGUAAGGGAUCAUUAAUGUAAUGUAAAGAACACUUGUGAAAAAUACCAAAUUUGUGUAAUAA